AAUGAUGGCUGAAGCGUCGUCUGAUCAAGGUUUACACGACUCAUUAGAAACAUCGCCUCUAUCGCUAAUUCGUGAUCAACCUACUCCAUUGGAUCGGUGCAGUUUCGCGGUCGCGAUGUGUCGUUCAUGUCCGGGUGUUCAGGUUUCGUGAGACGCGCUUCACGUCUUCGCGCCGGCUCGAUAUGUGACCCGACCUGAAAGUGUGUGAGCCCCCUCCGGCUUUGGCAUGAAUCAGAAUGAGAAACCUACGCUUUGCCAUCCGCGUCGCUUUUUACGGCGUAACCGUCUAUUCCGCCCUGUCCACGGCCGUCAUCUACAUCUUCAUUCAAUGGUUCGGUCGUUUGCGCGCGGACCUUUACGACGUCGACGGACUCGCGAACCUCUCCACGACGCUGCAUGGGCGGCCGUGCGGCGACCACGCAUCUGACGACUCGGCCAACGUCCUCUCUCGCGACGUCAUCGGCAGGGGACAGAUCGACGUCCACGGAUGGUGGCAGGACCAGGCGGCCGUCACUACGGACGUGCAGUGCUUUAACGAGCCGUGGGCUCUGUGUUCCAAAGCGUUCUCCAUAACAUGCAAGCGGAAUGCCAUUCGCGCCAUUUACCAGCACCUCUCGUUCCGACGUAACCUCACGCUGCGCAGCUUUAGCUUGUCCCUGCGCGUCGCAGCCGAGCAACUCGAAUCACAGACCGCAGACUCCUUUCUGGGUGCUCUCGUUCUGGUCAGACUCAGCGACGGCAGCGAGGAGUUCCUGCGCGUGCCGUUCCCCGCGAGCACGAGCACCCUGUCUCGACGAGAAGGGCUCUACGCGGCUUCACACUCUGAUCGUACCGUAGCCACGGCGACGGUGAUGCUCGGCUGCUACGGUUACGCAGGCGUGGCGCACUUCACGGACGUCAGGCUCGCGCCUUUAGUCGAGCCCGCGGCUGCAGGCCACGCAUGCAGAGCCCGCGAUCUGCUGGAGGACUGUCCGACGUCUACGGCGCGCAGCCUGCCCUCAACGCACCGCAGGCAGAAGCUAAAGUUUGAGCUCAUUCUGGGCAAAGUGCGCGCGUCGUCCUCGAAGAAGCGCCAUCUGAACAAGGACGUUGCGCUGGUCACGCAGCUGUCGAUGGACCGAUUGCCCGUCCUGGAACACACGCUGCAGCUGUGGGAAGGGCCCGUAUCGCUGGUCAUUUAUGUUCCCUUGAAGGGAGGAAAAGUGGACGGAGACUGGCAAAAGCUCUACGUUCAGAAAAAGCUGCAGAACUUGAAGCUGCACCCAGACAGCCACGUGUCACUUGCGUACGGUGUGUCAGGCUCCGGAGAUUACCCAAUCAAUGCUCUCCGGAAUGCUGCCAUCAAACAGACAAACUGUGAAUACCUGCUCACCGCCGAUGCUGACUUCCAGCCAUCACCCGAUUUCCACAAACACUUCCUCCUGUCCACUAGGUCAGUGGCCAACACAGACAAGGUAGCAUUUGUGGUUCCGGCCUUUGAAUACCUGGAGCUACCUCAAAAAUCUGAUGGUGUUGCCCAAACUAAGGAGGAGUUGAUGCAGCUGCUGCACCGGCAGGAUCCCUUUGUGCAGCCGUUUCGGCACGACGUCAGCCCCGAGUCGCACCAGAGCACUGACUACUGGAAGUGGUACCGCACUGACAAGCCGUACGUGGUGCAAACGUUCAGUGACAAGUACGAGCCAUACCUGGUGCUCAAAAACACUGCCCAGCUUCCGCCGUACGACGAGCGUUUCACAGGAUACGGCAUGAACAAAAUCACCCACGUGACCGAGCUCUUCGCGGCUGGCUACGUCUUUCUCGUGCUUCCCCACGUGUGGCUGGUGCACGUGCCGCACAAGCCGUCGUCGUAUUUUGCAGACCACGUGCAAAACCCGCAACACAGACUGCGCAACAGGGUGCAGAGGUUUGAAUUCCUCGUUGAUGUCAUGCGCAAGUACAAGCUCGGAAGAUGCAGGUGAAAUCGGCGCACGACUCGGUUUGUGUAUUGAAUCUCUGUGUGUAUAGUACACAUGGAACGAAAGGCAACAGUGAGCCUUCGAGUAGAACACCUAAUCAGCACAAUUGCUCGAGAGCACUGUGCCGGCCACUGCUGUUCUGAUUGCUAAAAGGUGACGUGAACUCUGGCCUGAGCAUGUGAGCCAAAACUUUGACGACGUAGUAAAGACAGCGAAAGCAUGUUUCGUAUGCCUAGAUUGAUGCGUUUCGUUCCAUGGUGAUAAUAGUACUCUCAUGCACUUUAUAGAGUGCUCUGCCAGGCAGUACAUGGACUCAAGAAGCUGAGCUGCCACGAUUCCUUGCCAUUUAUGGCAAGCUGAACCCGCCUCCUGCACCAUCAUCACCACCAUCAUGAAUUGACCUCAUACAUGGCAGCUAGAUAACAUAGCGCUGCGGGUGCAAUAGCUUCUUGUACAGAAACGUUCCCAUCGUGUAUCAAACUUUCUUCCAAAUGCCACCUGCUCACAGCAAUAAUAAUUUGGAUAACUGAAAAAGCUCUUUUCACACACUGUUGGACAUUAGAACAUAAACUUGUGCAUUUUAUGCGUUUCUCAAGUCACUUUAUUUAAGUGAGCAGUCAGAUUAUUUUGGUCAAAGCAAAGUUCUUGGUCUUCCGAAAGCUGACCAGCACGGCUUAAGAGCAGCUGAAUGUAGGAUGUUUUUAAGCCACGAGUAGUUAAAACCUGCCCCUGUCCGACACUCAAGUUAAUGUUAUAUUCACAGGUGUGAAAUGUGCACAACGGCGCAUAAUUGACCCGACUACGUGCUUCAGGCACAGAUACUUGAAAUGUUCAUUGGAGCUCUUCUUUCUUUUCCUUCACUUCAAAAAGGUUAAUUGACUGAGUGAGCUAAUUAGGCUCUUAUCAUCUUCUGGACUAUGGACCAUCCACGGUUGGUGACUCCAGGUGAAUUAUGGCCAUAUUUGGCUAUUAUUUUUAACAUGCAGCUGAAUUUCUGUAUGCUGAUGUGUUUGGAUACUGCCCUAUACAAACAUUCCUGCUGCAAUAUGGUAUCCAAUUGGUGAUAUUAUGCUCAAUGGGAGUUUUAGUGUCAAGGACCCCUACCACCUUGUAUAUGUACGCUAUUGCAUUCUUCUGAACUCCCAGCUGCACAUAAAGAGAAUACAAAUGAACACGAGAGCCUGCGUACACGAGCUACUUUGGAGAUCCGGCACUAAAGCUAUCUAAUGUAUACGGACGGCACAUCGACUCAGACAUCACUACAUAUUUUUUAUUUUUUCGAACCAGCCGGUGCCUGUUUAUCUGCUUUUAUACCUGUGUAUAUGCUUUUAUGCAAAUUCUGAUUGUUUUGUAUCAUACAAUGUUUAAUCUUGAGUACUGUUUUAAAACCUGAGAUGCUUUUUGGAUAUAUGUACACAAAUUGAUUUUGUAUGAUAUGUUAUUUAAUUCUGAGUACUACUUUAAUUAUUAUAUGCUUUUUGGAUAUACGCAAAUUGGGAGGAAACUUUUCGCGAACAAUGUUUUGUCCUUGGGAUUAAAGUUAGUGCAAGUUAAACUGCUUUUUGAAGGAGCAAUAUGCUGCCAAGACCAUAUUGUAAUCCACAGUCGUUUGCUUUUGUCAUGUAUACUAGUGUUGCAUGUACAUCUAUCAUCUAUAAUACGUGGACCGAGAUUUUCAAAGAUAAAAAAAAAAAAACUAGAUGCUUUGGCAUGUAACUCAGCAUUGAAGAAUAAUAUGCUAUGCAAAAACACUGCAUACAUUGCAGUGCAUGCAGCAGUUUCAGGUUGUUUGAUUUGUCGGGUAGUUGACAUUUGAUUAGUUAAUUUUCAUUAUUUGUGUUAUGCAUGUUGGCCGUGUUCCACAUACUUUUGAUCUUAGAUGUACAGUUCUGUCGGCCACUCAAGAGUGCGAUUGUGUUUAAAUCAACAAGGCAUGCUUUACUUAAGUAUUGCUCACCUUCAUGUACAGAAAUAAAAUAAUUAUCAUUGAGCCAUUUUAAAGGUAAUUAAGGACAAAUGAAUCAUCAUGCUCAAAAGUAGUAUCAGCAUUUGGUCUUUAUGAAUUGGUCUCAAAAGACUUCCAACAGCCAUAACUUUCGAGACCAUUGACAGCACUUGUUUUUGUGCAAGUGUAAAUCAAGCCAAGCAGGUCCAACAUUUUACUUUUUGCAUCCUUUUAAUACAUCGCUUUUGUGAUGUUCUGACAUUAUUAUGGCUUAUAUUUUAUUUAUAUAUCUAGUUGCAAUAUUUCUAGCGAAAGCUGGUGUUUGAAUUUUGACUUGUAAUUUGCAGUCAUCUCCGAUGACAUGUCACCCGAAAGAUGGCCCUGUGGGUUCGAUCAGGUAGUUUCACCACGCAUGUGCUUUCAACAACACGGUAGGGGCUUUCAUAUUUGGGCAGUAGUUUUGAAGAUAUACCAAAUGCAGUGGCAUGAACUAAAAACCAUUCGAGCGAUCUAGGUAGGUACGUGGGCGCAGAAGUGGUGUUGUCACCGUGAAUGCUCUUUUGCCGCUCUUGUUCAUGCAUUGUAAAGCUCUUGGCAAGCUUGCAACUUAAAUUGAUGCACUUGUGAACUGUAUGCGCUUCAUUUGGUAGUUUUGAAAGUUUUGAUGGCAUUUCGCCGCUCAUUCAAAUGUUGGUUCAUCAUAACAUUGCCCCCAAGCUAAUGAGUGAAUGUGCAUGUUCCCUUGGCCAAUAUUUGCUUUUAUUUUCGCUAGGUAGCGUUUUACUGGCAAAAUGUCUCAUAUCUCAACAGCUGCAUGUGUAGGGCAGUAAAUAAGCUCUCAGGUUGUACGCACAGGCCGUUCUAAGCAUAAAUUUGUCUCGUAGGAUCUUCGACAGUGAAUUGCAAUAAGUAUUCCUAUUUAAUAGAUGCAUGAAAAUUUACACAAUGUUGUGUAAGUAUCAGGCGUGGCGAUUCUUCAGUAAUAUGUUUUUAGGCAAUAGCCACUACAUCGGUGAGCGGAGAUGCUGUUAGAAAAUUCAGAAAAGGACACUUAAUAAGCCUUGGCUCAGCAAGUUGAUGUCAGAUGCAUGGGUCUCCAAGAGCGCAGAAUUACAAGCAAAGCCAUCACGCCAAAACCUUGAAAUAGCUGCUAGGCUACCAAACUCUCGAUAUCUGCUAAAGCAGAGCUGUCAUAUGAACUAUUGGUUGAAACCGAAGUAGUGAGCUGGUUUAUUGUUUAAUAUAGUGAAUGAAUUUACAGGCAAUGUAGUGUUGUUAAAGAUUUACCAUCUCUUCUGGUCAACUACUAUGUUUCUAUGGGAGACAAUAUGCUAAGUGGGCAAGUUCAUGCCAUUCCUUAUUCGUCAUGUACUGCACUCCAAUCCUUAUUUGCACUUUGCCACUCAAAGCAAGCAGCGCUUUGCAUAUUUUUCAUGUUCAGUGUUGUCAACUGCUUCAUUAGUAUCAAUAGCCACAAAAAUUUACAUGUUCAUUCUUUACUAACAGGCAUGUGUCUUGGCAUCCACUACUUUUAAUUACACUGGGUGUUCAAGUUACAUUGGAUAUGGUACGAAAAGAGUUCUUUAAGUUGACAACCAUGAUGGCAGCUUGAAAUUGUUUGAACACUCUCCUAUGGUGUCUGUCCGUUGGCUAAAAAUGCCUGCAGACUAAUUUUUGCAUAAUUACACUGAAUGUUUCAUUGUGAAUUUUAAACCUAAAUAAAUGUGCAGGAGUGAAUGUCAGUGACAUGUUGCUACCAAGAGCGCACGACUCAGUACACCAUGAGCCGACACAAAAUGGAAGAGAGUGCCGGGUUUGCAUUUGAAGCCAGUCAUUUUUUUCGUUUCUGGGCUAAACUGGAGUUGAAAGAAAUGUUAUAUGUGAACAAUAUGGUAAAUAUAGUGGGCAACACUCUAACAUACACCCUUGCAAAAAUAACUGUUUCAAUGCUAAUAAAAUUUUCCCAUUUCAUGUUGGUGCAUAGUGCUCACAUAAUGUACACUGAGCAAUAUUUGAAAAUUCCUCAUCACUCCCUUUACCCAUCUGUACCUGCAAAAUCUAUCUACAGGGUGCUCUUUGCAGAGACAUUUAUGCAGCUUUGUGUGGUUUGCAAGCUUUCAAGAUUUGUAGGAAGUUCUUGUACGUAGUGUUUGUUACUAUUACAUAUCAGUGUAGGAGCGAGGCAUUUCGAAAUGUCAAAAUGUGUGAUGCCUGUUCUAGAGAAGGCGAUGGAUAUAGUAACUCAAUACUAAUGGGGUCCUUCAGUACAUCUUUGAUGAGCAAUGGCUUACAGUUUAACCAGUUUAAAAAGGUUGCCACAGUGGCUACAUUCUUGUAUGAACAGGCGAUUCUAGGUGGUGCAUGUUGAAAUUCAUGGAAUGACCUUUUUUUUUCACAGAAGGGCUGUUUGAAAUGUGAAGCAACUACCCUAGCGCAGAAUGCUUGUGCGAUGCUUACAUACAGUGAAGUGACAGAAAACUUGAGGGAAAUUUGGUCAACUUUUCUCAAUUACAAAGUAUAAUUAGUCAUCACUUAUAUUUAUGAGACUGUUUAAAUACUGAAUGAGAGACAAUAAAGUUCGAAGAAAAAAAAAGUUCUUGCUGUUAGUAGGAGCCAAGCCCACAGCUCCCUCACAAUGCGCAAGAUUCUCUACUAUAUAGGCUAUGGAGAUACAGCUCGUCUCCGCUUUCAGUUUGAACUUGACAUCCUUUGAAAUGCAUAUUCCACAUAGUACUAUGCGAUUUUGGACACAAGCAAGCGGCCAAUAAUGACAGCUUUUAACAAAAAGAAAGAAAAAUGAUACUUUGAAAUAUUGGUGUCUAUACUUCGAUCACAUGUAUCUGUACUUUUCAUUUGCCGUACUUGCACGUUGAUAAUGGUUUUUUUUCUUAGUGGCCUCAUUACUUCCAUCACGUAACAUUCUCUGUGCCAUCCCGAUCGACAACAGUACAUAGCCUGCAACGCUCUGCACUAAAUGUGUUGCGAUUUAUGGUUUUAAAUUCUAUUGUGAUAUGUAUCUUCUUUCCUAAGUUCUUUCUUGAAAUACUUGUAAUACCUUGUUCUACUCUAGUGUUCAUUCUACUAUGCUCACAACUUUGAAUUUUUUUUGCAAUUUUCACAAUUAUUGAGCUUGUGUUAAGUGUUUUCUUGACUUUGGAGAUAAGAAUAAUUAAAAACAAGGUACUGCUAUGACUAAAUGCCAAAAUGCUUCAGCUCAGUGCCAUAUUGUCUUGUAUUUUUUUGUUAUUAUAAUCCUGAUAGCAUUUCUGCAGAAAACUAUCCCAGUGCCAUCGCAAUGUUUUAAGGUACCAUACAAGAACUGGCCAAAAAUGUCUGCGACAUUUGCGUUGUUGUUUUUUUCACUGUGUCCGCACAGUAAAAGUACUUUUUACGCCAACCAAACGUCGAGCUUCAUGGCACAUAUUUGAAAGUCUAUAGUACUGUCACCGCUUUGUUGAUGUGUUGCGACUGUUUUCGCAUAGGGUCAUCAAUAGUUUCAAUGCACAAGUUCUACAAAAAAAGCUUUUCCUUGCAGAGGCUACAUUGGCUGACAGAAAAACAGUACACAUCUCAGUCGCACGAAGUACUAACACCAUUUGUAAACAUGAGCUUGUAUUUUCAAAUACUCUGCUAUAUAAGGACACGUCAUCAUAUUCUGGGUGCUAGAAGACCCGCCACCCAUGGUGGCUGUUGACGUGGCAAUGGUUUCAACGGUAAUGGCCACUUACAGACAGUGCCGAUGUAUGAGAAGUUUUGUGGACCCGAGGCUGGUAAUUUUAGAAGUGCAUGCAGGCUGUGCAAGUGUUCACAACUUUCACAGCUUAUUUCUCAGUGUAAGCUCCGGAUAUCAGUAACACGCAUGUUGCUCAAGCGGCUAAUACUUUAAGGUAUGUUAACUCUUACUGGGAACAAAAAGAAAACUUGUUUUUGACAGUAGAAAGGAGCAAUUUUGUUGGCUGCAUUGAAAACUGCAAAACGGCUAUACUAAAGCUAAAUGAAAAUGAAGUUGUAUCACCAUGCAUAAGAUUUUCCGUUACGAAUGUUAUGUGACAGUAACCAAACGUUUUGUGAUAGUGCUUUUUUGGGAGUCUGGGACUGUUUUAAAUCUUGAAUGCAAAUAAAAUACUUCUUUCAUAUCAAUG